CACUAGUUACGCAGAUACGCAGUCUCUAUUCGACGGGACUACGAAACCUGUCUUUCAGCAGUGGCAGUCUCUUUUUAAUCGACCGGCCAUGAUGUUGAGUGCUGUAUCGAAAGCAGCCCUGAGGGUUGUUAAACCCUGCCUCAUUCAGAAUGAAAUAGCGAAGGUAUCAACCGCCUUCGCUAUUAACAAAAGAGACUAUGCGGCAAAAGCAGCAGCCGCAACAAAGAGUCGUGCAAAAGGAAAGGUAGUUGCUGUCAUUGGUGCUGUUGUUGACGUACAAUUUGAAGAUGACCUUCCACCAAUUCUCAAUGCUUUGGAGGUUCAAGAUCGUACACCCAGGCUCGUACUUGAAAUUGCUCAACAUCUUGGAGAAAACACAGUGCGCACCAUUGCUAUGGAUGGUACGGAAGGUUUGGUGCGUGGUCAAAAUGUUUUGGAUUCUGGAUAUCCUAUUCGUAUUCCUGUGGGAGUUGAGACUCUGGGUCGCAUUAUCAAUGUCAUUGGUGAACCCAUUGACGAGCGUGGACCUAUCCCUACAGAUAAAUUGGCUGCUAUUCACGCAGAUGCUCCCGAAUUCGUAGAAAUGUCUGUCGAGCAAGAGAUUCUAGUAACAGGCAUUAAGGUCGUGGAUUUACUGGCUCCCUAUGCAAAGGGUGGAAAGAUUGGUUUAUUCGGCGGUGCUGGAGUCGGCAAGACUGUACUCAUUAUGGAACUGAUUAACAAUGUAGCCAAGGCUCAUGGUGGUUAUUCAGUAUUCGCCGGCGUGGGCGAGAGAACACGCGAGGGCAACGAUCUCUAUCAUGAAAUGAUUGAAACCGGUGUUAUUUCCCUCAAAGAUAAGACCUCCAAGGUAGCGCUAGUGUACGGACAAAUGAAUGAACCGCCAGGCGCUCGUGCUCGUGUAGCUCUCACCGGACUUACCGUCGCUGAGUACUUCCGUGAUCAGGAAGGUCAGGAUGUACUAUUGUUCAUUGAUAACAUCUUCAGGUUUACCCAGGCUGGUUCCGAGGUGUCUGCCUUGCUAGGUCGUAUUCCAUCCGCUGUAGGUUACCAACCCACAUUAGCUACUGAUAUGGGUACCAUGCAGGAACGUAUUACCACGACAAAGAAGGGAUCCAUCACUUCUGUGCAAGCUAUUUACGUGCCUGCUGAUGAUUUGACAGAUCCCGCACCCGCGACAACUUUCGCUCACUUGGACGCUACUACUGUGUUGUCACGUGCCAUUGCUGAACUGGGUAUUUACCCGGCCGUCGAUCCUCUCGACUCCACGUCCCGUAUCAUGGAUCCCAAUAUUAUCGGCGCGGAACAUUAUAACAUUGCUCGUGGUGUACAGAAGAUUCUUCAAGACUAUAAAUCACUUCAAGAUAUCAUUGCUAUCUUGGGUAUGGACGAGUUGUCGGAAGAAGACAAGAUGACGGUUUCUCGUGCACGCAAAAUUCAGAGAUUCUUAUCCCAGCCAUUCCAGGUCGCCGAGGUAUUUACUGGUCACGCCGGUAAAUUAGUACCAUUGCAGGAAACCAUCAAAGGAUUCCAAAAAAUAUUGGCCGGAGAAUUGGAUCAUCUACCGGAAGUAGCAUUUUAUAUGGUCGGCCCGAUCGAGGAAGUAGCAACAAAAGCAGAAACGUUGGCCAAACAAUAAAUUAACUCAUAUUUAUCGUAAAAGCGUUGUUGAAGAUUUAUUCAGUCAUCAUUCGUUCGACAAAGCAACCUUUUAAAAUUUGCCUUCUUAUUCUUUCGUGAUUUUCAUUAUGUUACAGUUUCUUGAAUGAGACUUUCAAAUGAUAAAAUACUAAAAGGCGGAUAAAUAAAAUAUCAAGUACAAUUUUUUUGCAAUAUAACACUAAAUUAUUAUUGUAAUAGAUUAAUUAAAAUACUGCCAAAGUUUGUUAUACAAACACUCGUGAAACUCACUUUAUCUUUUAUCUUCCUUUUGCUACAAAAACAAUGAAAUUAUUAAAAAUCAGAAAUAUAAAUGUGGUCAAUCAGAAUGCAUAUUUACACAUGUUACUUCUGGACCUACUUUCUUCAUAGAUUAAAUCAGUAAUCAUGUUACUACUAAUUAACAUAUAACAGAAUUACAGUGUUAGACAUUAAUAAAAGUUUUACAAAAACA